CCAUUUCGACGGAAGUGCUGCAGUGCAAGUUCUGUAUAUUGGAGUCGGCAUCUAGCAAAAUGUCAUCUGAAAAGUUUGAAAACUUAGAAGAAGAUUAUAGGAUAUUAUAUGACGAUUUAAAAAGAAAAAUAGACACUCGUAUUCCACGAUGUUCAGGAGAAGAAAAGAAACAAUUGACACGAGAGGUGGAACGAGGCUUGGAGGAAGCUACCGAAUUGCUUCAGGAUAUGGAGGCAGAGGCCCGGCCUGCACCAGGUACCUACCGCACACAGAUGAAUCAGAAAGUCAGGAAUUUUAGGAGAGAUCUAGACAAACUUAAAAGAGAUCUUAAACGUGUCAGUGGGUCAGGGGGUAGAGAUGACCUUUUCACUGGAGGCACCUAUCAGCGUGACAACCUAGAUAAUGAAAUUUCUUCAAUGCAUGCAAAUCAAAGAACACGUCUUAUACAAGGAACAGAGAGUUUGAACAGAGCAUCUGGCAGCUUAGACAGAACUCAUCGGAUUGCUGCUGAAACUGACGAAAUUGGUGUUGGAAUAAUUGAAGAACUAGGUGGCCAGAAGGACCAACUUUUAAGUACUAGAGAUAAGAUGAAUCAGAAAGUCAGGAAUUUUAGGAGAGAUCUAGACAAAUUUUCUUUUAGGGUGAUGACUAACAAAAUGAUCUUAAUGUCAAUAAUUCUGGCUGAGCUUGCCAUUCUUGGGGUUGUAAUCUGGUGGAAAUUCUUCAGUAAAAAAUAGCAGCGCACAUGAUAAAAUUUUGACGGUAAUGAUGAAACUUAUAGCAACACAUAUAUAUAUAUAUAUAUUACUGUACCAGUUUACAUCAACUUUGAAUCAUAACAUUCCAAUGCAAUAUUGAUUGUUUAAAUGUUAAGAAAAAAUGUUUAUAAAAUUUAGAUGCACUGUACAGUGUGAGUUCAAUCAAGAAAGAAAGUGAAACUGCUGCUGAUCAGAGCUUCCAGUCAGGGUCUUUAUUCUUGUCUGUUGAACUGAAGAAACCAUGCUUGUCCAACAAGAAAACAGUACAUUGUUGCUCAAUAUUAGGCGAGACAUCUUUUAUACCUACUGUACCUUAUAAAUGGUCAGAGGAGGGCGGAAAAAAAAUAAUAAAAUUUUGGUUAUUCAUUUAGCAAAAACAUCCAGAUGGAGAACAUAAAAAUAAAAUUUUAUUGGUGAAUGUAAAUAGUGUAGUAAUGGGAUGGUUAAAUGUUGUAAAUUUAUAUAAUUAGGAAGAAAUAUACAUAUCUUAAUUUUGGAGAUAUCAAGGUAACAGCUGGUAAUAAAAAUAAAGAAUAAAUUUUUAUUUUUUUCUGAAAUUGCUAUCUUUUUUUAUUUUUAUUUGAAAUCAUUAUUAUUGGCAGGCGCUGGGUUCGCUAAACAAGGUAUAAAAAAAAUGCUCGCCUUAUGAAUUGGAAAUUGUCUGAAUAUCAACUUUUUAAGUUGUCACAUUUAUUUAAAAUCAUCCUUAUUUUUGUAACAUAAUUAUGUUCUCAAGCUAAUUCAUAAAGUUGAUGAAAUGUACUGUUAAUACAGUACAGUAAGAUAGUGCAAUUCAGUUGGUUUUUACACUGAGAAUUGUAAGUAUAUUAUCUACUUGGAAAUAAUAAUAAAUAAUAUACACACGAAGGCGCUAAUGGUAAUUUGAUUGUCUCAAAUAAGGUUUUUGAGUAUAUUAUGCCAAAAAAUGUUUGUGUUGCCCAAGUAACCAAAACAAACCAAAAUUUUAAAAGUCAUCACCCCCACCCCACUCACCCACCCACCCAAAAAACGCAUUAGAAAAGGACGUUUUUCAAGCUGAAUGUAAUAAAUUUAAUACCUUUUACAAUAUGUUAGUCCUUUGGUUUCAAUUUUACCCAGAAACAUAUUAGUUGAAGGAUGCUUGGCAACAACUUUAGAAUUGUGCCCAUGCCUAUACGGUGGUAAAAACAAGUUCCUCACUGACCGACACUGAUCUCCAAAUAUGAUAGUGCUUAAGUGGGCAACACAGUACUAUUUCUUUGGCCUUAUUCAGAAAUAUGUUCCUUAUUCAAUUAAGAGUGCAAACAUUUUAAUCAGAUAUUUGUGGUCAAUAAGCAUCAUGUAGAACUAAUGUAAAUAAAAUGUAUACUGUAUAUUCAAGCGAAAAAA